CUGUCAUCAUUGUCGUUCAUAUCGGUGCUCAUUCGAGUUUCGAGUAAAUGUGAUUAAAGUAACGAGGGAAUUUAAAAUCCUUGUUAAAAACGAGGGCGGCCGUACCGUAGCCUUAACGAAAAAAUAAGAAACAAAACUAUAAGUAAAAAUUAUAAAAAAUUAGAAUUCGGAUUUUUCGUGUGUGACACCAAAAGCAACGUUUGCUGAAAUGGCGAGCCUUUUACGACUGCCUUCGAUCCUGGCUAGAAAUGCAGCAGCGAUGGCAAGACCAUCCACCGUACUGGCCUCUCGUAAGCUGCAUAUUACACAUGGGUCCACUAAUGUGACAAAAUCCGAGGGCAUUUCAAAAGAGUACCCCAUUGUGGAUCAUGAGUAUGAUGCCAUUGUCGUAGGUGCGGGUGGUGCUGGCCUUCGUGCUGCUUUUGGAUUGGUUGCUGAAGGUUUUAAAACUGCCGUUAUCACAAAGCUGUUCCCAACUCGGUCACAUACUAUUGCCGCACAAGGUGGUAUAAAUGCAGCUCUUGGAAACAUGGAAGAGGAUGAUUGGAAAUGGCAUAUGUACGAUACAGUCAAAGGUUCUGAUUGGUUGGGAGACCAGGAUGCCAUUCAUUUCAUGACCCGCGAAGCUGCGAAAGCCGUUAUAGAACUUGAAAACUAUGGAAUGCCUUUCUCGCGUACCCCAGAUGGUAAAAUCUAUCAACGAGCUUUUGGCGGACAGAGUUUAAAAUUCGGUAAAGGUGGUCAGGCACAUAGGUGUUGUGCUGUCGCUGACAGAACUGGUCACUCCCUACUGCACACUUUGUAUGGCCAAUCACUAAGUUAUGAUUGUAACUAUUUUAUCGAAUAUUUCGCACUAGAUCUCUUGUUCGAAAACGGUGAAUGUCGCGGUGUCAUUGCUUUGUGCCUUGAAGACGGAACACUCCAUCGUUUCCGAGCACAAAACACUGUCAUUGCCACUGGUGGCUAUGGACGUACUUACUUCUCUUGUACCUCUGCCCACACAUGUACUGGAGACGGUACUGCUAUGAUUGCCCGUCAAAACCUUCCAAAUCAAGAUUUAGAAUUCGUUCAGUUCCACCCGACUGGUAUUUAUGGAGCUGGUUGCCUUAUCACUGAAGGUUCCCGAGGUGAAGGAGGUUAUUUGGUAAAUUCAAAGGGAGAACGUUUUAUGGAACGUUAUGCUCCCGUAGCCAAGGAUUUGGCAUCCCGUGAUGUGGUUUCGAGAUCAAUGACUGUGGAAAUCAUGGAAGGUCGUGGUUGUGGACCUGAAAAGGAUCACGUUUACCUACAAUUGCAUCAUUUGCCACCAGAGCAAUUGGCCCAGAGGUUGCCUGGUAUAUCUGAAACUGCUAUGAUUUUUGCGGGAGUGGAUGUUACUCGCGAACCUAUUCCAGUACUCCCCACCGUUCACUAUAACAUGGGUGGUAUACCAACCAACUAUCGUGGACAGGUUUUAAAUAUUGACAAAAAUGGAAAAGAUGUUAUAGUACCAGGAUUGUAUGCGUGUGGAGAGUCAUCUUCGUCAUCUGUUCACGGAGCUAAUCGUUUAGGGGCUAAUUCUUUACUGGAUUUGGUUGUGUUUGGUCGUGCAUGUGCAAAAACUAUAGCUGAAGAGUGCAGACCGGGUGCACCUGCACCAAAGCUUUCUGAUAAUGCUGGAGAGGCAUCAGUGGCAAAUCUAGAUAAAGUGCGAUAUGCUGACGGUAAGAUAAGCACAGCUGAUUUAAGAUUAAAGAUGCAGAAGGCGAUGCAAAAACAUGCUGCUGUAUUCCGUGACGGUCCAGUACUUCAAGAGGGAUGCAAGGUUUUGGCUAAUAUUUACAACGAGUUUAAAGAUAUUAAAGUAUCUGAUAGAUCUCUCGUUUGGAACUCUGAUCUCGUUGAAACCUUGGAACUUCAAAAUCUGUUAUCAAAUGCCGUUAUGACAAUUGUUGCAGCUGAAAACCGCAAGGAAUCUCGUGGUGCUCAUGCACGUGAAGAUUUCAAAGUUCGCAUAGAUGAAUAUGAUUAUAGCAAACCCGUUGAAGGACAAGAAAAACGACCAAUAGAUCAACAUUGGCGCAAACACACACUAUUGUGGCUUAAUACUGAGACAGGCAAUGUUGAAAUCAAGUACAGAAACGUUAUCGACACAACUUUAGAUGACUCAGUUCAGGCAAUACCGCCAGCUGUUCGCUCAUACUAAGCAAACACAACUCUCAUCAAACAAAAAUAAUAUAAAUUUAGUUCAUUUUGUAUUUAAAUCAAACAAGUAAUUUAUAAAAUGCCUCUCAAUUUUUAAACUUGUUCAUGUUUUGCCGAAAGAGAAAACACUCUUAAUAAACCGCUCGUAAAUACUUAAGUUUCCCGUUGUGUCUAAAAAUCAAGCCUCCUAUUUUUCUGAACAUUUUUUGAUUACGUUAUUUAUUUCUUUGUUAUUAUACUAUAUUGAUGGUAUUAUUAUUUUUAUUAAAAAAGAAAUGAAAAAUAGAUGAUAUACGAAGUAGUGAACUACAUCUUCAUCUUUUUUCUUUGAUUAAUUUUA